AUGUCUUUAUUUAGACGUGGAUCUAUUGCGGCGUAUGUUGUGCUUGUUUUGUUUGACUGCUGCUGGGAAGCCGUUACAGGGCAGCAGAUCUCGUACUCCGUGUCAGAAGAGUUGAAAACCGGGACAUCAGUCGGAAAUAUAGCAAAGGAUUUAAACCUUAACGUUCAAGACCUGGAGUCGCGAAUGUUUCAAAUUCUCGCCGGAUCAGAGAACAAAUAUUUCGAGGUAAAUCUAAAGACUGGAUUUAUUUACGUCAAUGAGAAAAUUGACAGAGAAGCGCUUUGUGCUAAAACGAUUAAAUGUUCAGUCAGUGUCGAGGCUGUUAUUAACAACCCUUUAAAGCUUUACCGAAUUGAAAUUACUAUUUUGGACGUUAAUGAUAAUGCGCCUACUUUUAGUGAAAAAUCACACACAAUCGACAUCGCAGAGAGCUCAGUUCUUGGUGUCAGACUGCCUCUGCCUCAAGCCACCGAUAUAGAUGUUGGUAAAAACGCAGUAAGUAUGUACAAAGUAAAUUCAAAUGAAUAUUUUACAAUAGCGAUAUCCAAAGGAGCAGAGCAGAGCGUAUCUGCAGAGUUAAUACUGCAGAAAGCUUUAGACCGAGAGAAACAGCCCGUAAUUCACCUCGCACUAACCGCUGUUGAUGGAGGUAGCCCCCCAAAAUCGGGAACAUCUCAAAUCAUAGUGAAUAUUUUAGAUAUAAAUGAUAAUGCUCCAGUAUUUAGUAAGCCACUUUUCAAAACAACUAUUUCUGAAAAUGUCCCUGUUGGCACAAUGGUUGUCGUAUUAAAUGCGACAGACAUGGAUGAAGGAAUGAAUAGUCAGAUUUUCUACUCUAUAAAUAAAAGAGACCAGGACACAAUUUUGGAAAUUUUUGACAUUGAUCCACAUUCUGGAGCCAUAACAGUGAAGGGUAAAGUAGAUUACGAAAAGAACAAAGCUUUUGAAGUCCGUGCGCAAGCCAGUGACAGAGGACAGCCUCCACUGACCUCACACUGCAAGGUGCUAGUUGAGGUGUUGGAUCAAAACGACAACGCACCUGAAAUAAGAAUAACGACGCUGCUGCAGACUGUGAAGGAGGACGCUGAAAUCGGUACUGCCAUUGCACUUGUAUCAGUGACUGACAGAGAUGAUGGUAAAAACGGUUUAGUGAAUUGUGUUGUCUCUAACAAAACGCCAUUUAAACUUGAGACUAAAUAUAAAAAUUAUUAUUCUCUAUCAGUUAACGGUCCUUUAGACAGAGAGAGUCGGUCUGAGUACAACAUAACGCUUACAGCUAGUGAUAAAGGGACUCCACCUCUCUUCACCACAACUGUAAUUACUGUACAAGUUUCUGAUGUGAAUGAUAAUGCACCGCUCUUUCUACAGGACAGCAUUAAUAUUUAUGUGAAAGAGAACAGUCAAGUCGGAGCUGUUAUUAAAACAAUGUCUGCCUUUGAUGCUGAUAUUUAUGAAAAUUCACAGAUUACUUACACUCUUGUAGAAAACAAUAGUAACAGAAUACCUUCAUCAACGCUUGUUAAUAUAAAUUCAGUUACAGGUGAUAUCCACAGUUUAAAAUCUUUUAAUUAUGAGGAAAUUAAGACGUUUCAGUUUAAAGUUCAGGCCAGAGACUCUGGUGUUCCCCCACUGAGCAGUCACGUGACUGUGAAUGUUUUUAUCCUGGAUGAGAAUGACAACAGUCCCGGGAUUCUCGCUCCCUAUUCUGAUCAUGGAUCGGUUCACUCUGAGAACAUUCCCUAUUCUGCUGAAGCGGGUUACUUUGUAGCCAAGAUUAGAGCUGUAGACUCAGAUUCUGGAUAUAACGCCUUGCUUUCUUAUCACAUCUCUGAACCCAAAGGAAACAACCUCUUCCGGAUUGGAACCAGCAGUGGAGAGAUCAGGACUAAGAGGAGAAUGAGUGACAAUGACCUGAAAACUCACCCACUGGUCAUUUUGGUUUCUGAUAACGGAGAGCCCUCACUCUCAGCCACUGUGUCUGUUGAUGUUGUGGUUGUUGAGAGCACAGGUGACAUCAAGACUCAGUUAAAACACGCACCGAUAAAGGAGGACACUUUCUCGGAUUUAAACAUGUAUCUGCUGAUCGCCAUUGUGUCAGUUUCUGUGACAUUUUUCCUGAGUCUGAUCAGUUUAAUGGCUGUAAAAUGCUGCAGGACAGACGGCAGUCUCAGCAGAUACAGCGCCCCAGUGAUCACCACACAUCCUGAUGGAAGCUGGUCUUACUCCAAAUCUACUCAACAGUAUGACGUCUGUUUUAGCUCGGACACGCUAAAGAGUGACGUCGUGAUUUUUCCUGCGCCAUUUCCGCCUGCAGAUGCUGAAUUGAUCAGUAUAAAUGAAGGAGAAACGUUUAGCAGGACACAGACACUUCCAAAUAAAGAGAAGGUAGGAAAUAUGCUUUAUAGUUCUCCAGCUGCCAUAUAUCCGACCUAG